GUUGAAACUUAACCCGGAAUCUUGUUUGGGAGAACCAUCUUUCAUUAUUGUUGUACGACCGAUCCUCAUCAAGUCCAGUUUUGGAGGCUGUGCGGCAAGACCCUACAAACAGGCAGCACGAUUUCAAGCCGACAACAGUCCGUGCCGUUGUUUUGGUCUCCAAAGGCUUGCUUGCUAUACCUACGAAACCCGAAUGAGACCAUGAGCACCUCCGCCUCCCCGCAUCCAAAUGGACAGAACCAUGAUAGAGAAGACGGCCAAAUUAGCGAUGGAGGACAUCAAGGGAAUGAUGAAGCCUCUUCCGCUGACCAUGAGCACCAUGAGCUCGACUCCGACUCGGACGAUGCCAUGGAUACAACUCCAGACAUGACACCGAUCCCCGGCACCGCCGAAGGUCAAGCCGCCGAAGACAAUCACGAAGCAACCGUUCAUGAUCCCACCAAUCCAGUAGAUGCACCACCAUUUGCUACCAUUCCGCCUCCCGUCCUCGUUUCUGCCACCUCACCAGGCUCACAUCACUCGACCCUUCCCCCGAAUAGCAACCGUGGUACUCCUGUGCCGCCGUCACCGCAUCCUGAUGCAGCGCCUCCGAAUCCACCCGACAGAAGCGAAGAUGAAGACGAUAGCGACACUGAAGACGAGGACGACGAUUAUAUCUGGCAGCCGAUCGUAGAAGAUACCACCCCGCCGGAUGAGCAUGAACUGCGGGAGAUCGAGAGACUGGGGGAGAGAAGCGCACUUGAACGAGGCCACUGGGAAAAGCAGACAUUCACCGCCCUUGAGGACCCCGAGUACACAUCAUCUGACUCAGGCCAUAUUGACUGGCCAAUCGAGCACUUUAAUGGGACAGCGGAAAAUCCAAAUCGAGAGUUGUUGAUGAGGUCUCCGAUGGUUCGGAUUGGGAACCACGAGUGGCAGAUCAAGUUAUACCCGCGUGGGAACGACUCGGAUUACCUGAGUGUCUACAUUGAAUGUACCACCCUGUCCUCGUCGGACGCGCACAACGAAUCCGGUUCAGAAUCAGGCUCCUCGUCGACCCUUCCUGACACCCCUAACGAGGGCCCUUUCGUGCACCAUCCGAUUACUGCCCUCCCAGGAACUCCUCCGAUUGAGGCCGGGACUGCAGUCCCCGCCCAGGUUUCUGUAAUCGUAUACAAUCCUUCCAAUCCCACCGCCUGGCAGUUCCAUUGCGCUCGCCACCGUUUCACGAAGAACUCCCCGGAUUGGGGCUGGACACGGUUUUGUGGCCCUCGACGGGAACUUGGGAUGAGAACGCGGACUCGUCAGGCUCCACUGCUGCAGAAAGAUAGGCUUGCCCUGCGAGCCAUGAUCCGGGUCGUCGAUGACCAGACCGGAGUGCUGUGGGAGCACGGCCCCGGGACCUCGGGAAGCUCUGGUGGUGCCGACACUCACCAUGACGAGGAAGACGUGCGAGAUGAGCCAGUGUGGGACAGUGUCAAGAUGACUGGACUGCGUGGUCUGACGGCGGAGCCUGGGGGCGAUCCUACCGGUUGGGACCGACCGCGUCGAGGAGUCAUUUAUGGGGGCAAUUUAGUGGCAGCAGUCUCUUCGUGGAUGUUGUUCAAGCCCUUCCGCCAACUCCUGUACAGCAUUCCCGUUCCGAACCCAGUCGGAAACGCGCCGGCGAGAUGCAUGCCUAUGGUUGUAGCCCUUCAAAAGAUUGUCAUCUCGCUUCGGACACCCAAAUUGGGCGCCUGGCCAGUGAGCUUAGAGCCACUUCAAGAUGCUUGGGCGUGGUAUGGAAUGGACGAGUGUAUUGAGAAGUGGGAUGUGGUGGAGGUGUGGGAGAUGAUUCGUCUCAAGCUGAUAGAAGAAUUCUCACUCAUCGAUCCCCAAGCCCCCGACAAGGUCGCCAAUUUGAUCGGCGAUUGGGCCCAAAUGAAGCCUACCACUACUCCUAAAUCAUUGCGUGUCUCCAUCCGAGGGCGAACGAGCAUUCAGAAUGCUUUAAACAAGACGCUCCGAAAGCUUCCCGAAGGCAUCGUAAAACCUGGGCUUCUUGCCAUUGAGCUUCGAAGGCAAGAAUACGACGAAAAGAAGAGGUCAUGGGUGCGUGUGACUGAUCGGGUCAAGAUUGAUGAGCACAUAUCAUUCGGUGGCACCGGAUACACACUCUAUGGACUGAUCGUCCACAAAGGAGGGCUUCAGUCAGGGAACUACUACCCAGUCCUCCGACCCGAAGGCCCUGGUACAAAGUGGUAUGCGUUCUUCGAUGAACGCGAGCACAGCAAGGUUACAUGCCUUACCCAACGUCAAGCUAUCGAGGCCCAUGAAGGGUGGAAAUCGUCCGACAAGAGAGGGGAGGCCGACCCGGUCGCGUACAUCGCCCUCUACAUACAUGACGACAUCUGCGCAGCCGCUUUCGACAGCAAAAUUGAGCCUGCCUGGAACAUUCCAUCAUGGAUUAUAGAAGAGAUAGACAGGUCUCAACGGCCCUGGUCAUUUGAUGAGGAUGUUGCAAUGUCAGACCCUGCUCACACAGGACUCCCGCCACCUAUGCCACCUGCAAAUGGUAUCAAACUAAAGGCGAAGGAGCCUGGAGAGGACACAAUAGUCGACUUCAAAAUCAUCAGUUCCAGGGCUUUCUGCGACCAUAGCGGUCCCGGAAUAAUCGACGUGUUUGACCCAAAAUGGACUCCUGGCAGCAACGAACAUGUCUACAAGCUAUCGGUGAAGUCCACGGCCACUCUCAAGGACAUCCGAAAGGCGAUUGCUAGGAUCGUGAAAGGUAUCUCCGACCCCGAGCAGUGCAAGCUUUGGAUGCUCGAUUCAUAUCUAGGGACGGAAUUGCGCCCCACCCUACUAUUAAGAGGAAAUCCGGAGAUAUCAGGCGGGCCCAUGGCAGUUAUGGACUGGACGGCAGCUAAGCUCCAGACCCAAAGUUCGGAGCGGACCAUUUGGCUACACGUUGUUGAUAGCCCCCAGGACCCGGAGUCUUCGAAUUCAGCAACCCCAUCCAAAAACACCAUCAGCCAGCGAACCGACCGAGUGACCGAGCCUACUGCUAGUCAGAACGGGGCGGAUGACGGUUCGACCAUACCGAAUGAAGAUACAGUGAUGAGCGAUGCUCCUAGCGAAAAUGACAACGAGGUAGUGCCUCCCAUAGUUGAGGCCCCACCUGACGCUAUUGAGACAUUGAUCCAAUUGGGCGUGAAUGGCGACUUGGAAACCUGGACGACACCGCCGCCAUUUCCUCCAGGAACCUCGGCGCCACCUCCACCGAUUCCUCAAAGCGUGCGAACGCUCAUGGCCGUGUCGGCUGUGCCGCCAAUGCCUCUUGCGCCUCCCUCGUCCGUUGACGAUGUUUACUUCUUCUUGAAAGUAUUCGAUCACGACUCUCAACAACUCCGGUGUCACGGCAGCUAUAUCGCCAAAAAGCAAUGGAGAGCGGACGUCACGAUUCUCAAGAUUCUCGGGCUUCCAGACAAGAGCGCCGUCAAAUUUUAUGAAGAGGAGGAUCUCGGAACCGCCACACCGAUUCACGCAAAAAGGCACACGUUCAGCCAGGCGGCUAUCCACGGGAACAGCAUCGUGAUAGCACAUCCCAACCCUCCAGACGACGUACAGAAGCGAGCCUUGGCUGAGCGAGGGGCAUUCCAUGAACCCGAAGCCUAUCUCCAGGCUCAAGUCGAACUGCGGAAUUUCGCCGACAUGGCCUCCGGGAACUUCACGUUCGACUAUUUUUCGGCCGAGCAGUACGAAGGCGAAGUGCGCUUCCGCAUACCCCACGGGCUCGGCAAGAAGACCUACUUCUCCGGAGACAUCUACGAAGGUUCCUUCGUCCUCGGCAAGCGCAGCGGCCGUGGAAUCAUGAUAUAUGCCAAUGGGGACCGGUACGACGGCGAGUGGCUGAACGACUCGAAGGAUGGCAAUGGAACGUUUAUCGAAUCAUCCACCGGGAACGCUUAUGAAGGGGGCUGGAAGAACGACCGACGGUUUGGCGAAGGGGUGACGAAAUGGAAGGUCGCUCAAGAGAUGGAAAGGAUGUGCCGUGUUUGCUGGGAGGAGGCAGCCGAUGCUGCUUUCUACGACUGCGGCCACGUAGUUGCCUGCCUCCCCUGCGCGAAACGCAUGGACAACUGCCCGGUCUGUCGACGGCGGGUCGUGAACAGUAUGAAACUUUAUUAUGUCAGUUGAGCACCAGAUAUUUGGACCUCCACUUUGCCACGACUCCUCCAACGACUCCCUUCCGAUGUUCUGGUAUCUGCAAAGUGGACGGAAUCAAUCGAUUAGCAAUGGCGAAAGGGGAAGAUGAUUUUCCUUGGGCAUAUCGACCACUUCAGAUGGCGCUCGUGGGAUUGCUCGCGGAGCCAUCGUCGGGUAGAUAUAUGGUAAUACGUUUUUCAAUGGCAAUCCUUGGUGAAAUUAUUCCAAAUUGAGGAGGUUAAAUUUCGUCUCAUUUCUCAUUCGGGCAUGCAAUUACCUACAGAUAUCUUGCUUUCAUCCCACUUGACCACAUAGUGUCUG